UGCAAAAUUGAAAAGGAGUUUCGCAGGGAGAGGCAGAUUUUAGCAAUAAAAAGGAAAGCGGAAUCUCGAGAAUAUUUUCUUCCGCAGGUGCAUCCAAACAAUCAGCGCAGACACUGAUGACGUUGAAUUUCCAUUUUCGAACGUGAGAUUUACGAACAGAUUUGGAGUCGCGAAGGUGAGUAGUAAUCGUUAUCUGCUGCGGGGCAGCCAUAGUUGAAUUCCACAGAAGAAACAACAGAGAUCGAAAAUGAGGAUGGCGGUCGCUGCAAACGCAUUAGCAACAGAUCGUUCAGUGGUGCGAUCGAGCUGGCUUCGUCUUCUGUCUCCAUCGUCUCAUGUGUUUGCUGCGCAGAAAUCUCGUUCUCACACUCUUCUCAUUCGGCAGAUGAGUUCCGAGGCGCAGAGUAUCGCUGCUCGUCUACACAGUUCUGGAUUGUUACGAAGCCAAGGCCUUAUUGGCGGGAAGUGGAUUGAUGCCUAUGACGGGAAGACCUUUAAGGUUCAUAAUCCAGCCAAUGGUGAAGUUAUAACAAAUGUCCCGCUUAUGGGCAAAAGGGAGACUGAUGAUGCUAUUUCUUCAGCGUAUAAUGCUUUUAAGUGUUGGAGCAAACUCACUGCAGCUGACCGGAGUAAUCACUUGCGUAAAUGGUAUGAGCUCCUAAUUGCUCACAAAGAAGAGAUCGGACAACUAAUAACCUUAGAGCAAGGCAAACCCUUAAAGGAAGCCUUGGGUGAGACCAACUAUGGGUCCAGCUUUAUCGAGUUCUUUUCCGAGGAAGCAAAACGAGUAUAUGGUGAUAUAAUCCCACCAACUCUAGCUGAUCGUCGACUUUUUGUCUUGAAGCAGCCAGUUGGAGUUGUUGGUGUUAUUACUCCUUGGAACUUUCCAUUGGCUAUGAUUACACGAAAGGUUGGACCUGCUCUUGCAUCUGGUUGUACGGUGGUCAUAAAACCCGCUGAACUUACCCCCUUGACAGCUUUGGCAGCAGCUGAACUCUCACUUCAAGCUGGAAUUCCCCCAGGUGUCGUGAAUGUGGUUAUGGGAGAUGCUCCUGCCAUUGGGGAUGCUAUGCUUGCAAGUUCUCAGGUAACAAAGAUCACGUUUACUGGCUCAACAGCAGUUGGAAAAAAGUUGAUGGCCGGAGCUGCUGGGACUGUUAAAAGGGUGUCUUUAGAACUUGGUGGUAAUGCACCUUGCAUAAUCUUUGAUGACGCAGAUGUGGAUAUUGCAGUGAAAGGAGCCAUUGCAGCAAAGUUUCGAAAUAGUGGACAGACUUGUGUUUGUGCCAAUAGAAUUAUUGUUCAAGAAGGUAUAUAUGAGAAAUUUUCAAAUGCUUUCUCAAAAGCUGUGCAAAAUCUGCAAGUUGGUGAUGGGUUUGGUGACGGUGUAGCUCAGGGUCCUUUAAUUAAUGAAGCUGCCGUGCAGAAGGUUGAGAAAUUUCUUCAAGAUGCCAUUGAAAAGGGAGCAAAAGUUCUUCUUGGUGGUAAAAGACAUAGCCUUGGGAUGACUUUUUUUGAGCCUACAGUUAUUACUGACGUGAAGAGUGACAUGCUUGUUUCCAGGGAGGAAGUAUUUGGUCCUGUGGCGCCCUUACUUCCAUUCAGAACAGAGGAGGAAGCAAUUACUCUCGCUAAUGGCACCAAUGCAGGAUUAGCUGCUUACAUAUUCACAAAUAAUAUUCAACGUUCAUGGAGAGUGACUGAAGCCCUCGAAUAUGGAAUGGUUGGUGUUAAUGAAGGCCUAAUUUCUACGGAGGUGGCCCCAUUUGGCGGUGUUAAACAGUCAGGCCUUGGUCGGGAAGGGUCGAAAUACGGGAUGGACGAGUAUCUUGAGCUGAAAUAUGUAUGCUUGGGGAAUUUGGACAACUGAUGAGCGAGUGCUGCAAGUAACCUGAAUGUACAAUUUGGAGAGCCCUCCGUCCAGGAAUAAUGGGCUUGGGCUUCUUCUGAGCCCAAUAAACCAGAUCAGCGAGGCCCAUAAAGCCUGUCCAGAAAUAAGUUGAGUUCGUUUCCUUUCCCCCCUUUUUCUUUUGUAAAGUGUUCUGCAAGUUUGUUUUCGAAAUAGUAUUUUGAAUGUUAUUGAGUGUCGUCUUAUCUGUUUUCAAUUUAUUACUUCGCACAUUGACAAGUUCCAGGCAACCAUGAAAUAUGGGGAAAAAAGGAGUCAUCAUUCGAAUUCGAAGACAAAUUAAGAAACUA